AUGGGGCAGCUCACGUUCACGGCCUCGAACGGCUGGAGUGCUGUCGGGGGGCAGACUUGUGGUGUUUACUAUCGCGAACAGGAUCCUUGCGGAAGUAGUAGUGGGAGUGGUGUUGCUGUUGCGCUUGGGUUGGCGGCUAGGGCGGUGGAGGUUGAGGUAGACAAUGGGGAGCAUCACCUGCCCGCUAUGCGGGGCAAUCUUGUGAGCAUCAAGACGACUUCGGGGCUUGUUCCUCGGGACAAUGUGAUUGUCACAAGAUUCCGCGGCCCUGUUGGCCCCAUGACCCGCACUGUUCAAGAUGCUGCGAUUAUGCUUUAA